CUCUCCCUUCCCAACUUUGUCUUCGAGCUGGCCGUAUAGGGGCCACAUUACACCCCCUGCGUCUUCACAUCACACAGGGAACUGCUCCCCUGGCGCACUACCAUGAUUACCCAUCCUUCAUCUGCGGCAACUAACACUCGCCACCACUCUUCUCCUCCUCCGCGACUCUCGUCACCAAAGCCGACUCGUGUCGUCGUUUCACUUUGGUCAGCUUUCUGGUCCUGUCCACAUAUCUGCCGCCCAGCGCCGCCGCCCUCUUCUCGUUCAUGGGCUCAUGUCCCGUCCGCUCGUUUGAUCUUCGCUUCUCCUGGUGCUAUACCACCACCACCUAUAUCCCGCUCCUUGUUCCUUUCCGCUGACUCUCCCCACAUUGCUUGAUCCCCAAUUCGGCUCUUCCGUUAUCCUCGACUUCCCAAUCACCAUUGUCACGCUCUCACACACACGGACCAUAUUCGACCAACGUCUGCACCCCGGCCGUCCCUUCCGAGAGACCUUGACCCCCGAGAGACCAGCCUUCCCUGUCGCUCUCCAUAUC